AUGGCUUCAUGGCUGCCGAACCGGGAGAAAAUGUGGGCUAUUUUUGAGACAGAGAUGGUUCAUAGGUUGCAGCAACCUGGAAUAUGGAACGUCACUGUAUUUUACGGACACAGUCAUUGUUGUGACUGUUGCCACAAGGUCAGGCUUCGAUAUCGCGGUGCGGCCGAAAGAUGGAAUCAAGAAUGA